CUGAACUGUCAUUGCAUAAACACAGCAAAGCGAACUGUCAAAAUUCGAUUUACAUCCGGCUGUGCCGUCGUCUUCCUUUCCUUUUUACCUAUUUUGACAAGAUGGCGCGAGGUCCUAAGAAGCAUUUGAAGCGUUUAGCAGCACCCAAGGCAUGGAUGUUGGACAAAUUGGGAGGAGUGUUUGCUCCUCGUCCAUCCAGUGGCCCACACAAAUUGAGGGAAUCAUUGCCCUUGAUGAUUUUCUUGAGAAAUCGUCUAAAGUAUGCUUUGAACGGUGCUGAGGUAACCAAAAUUGUUAUGCAGCGUUUGAUUAAGGUUGACGGCAAAGUCCGUACCGACCCAACAUAUCCAGCUGGCUUCAUGGAUGUCAUCACCAUUGAAAAAACUGGAGAAUUCUUCCGUUUGGUGUACGAUGUUAAGGGACGUUUCACCAUCCACCGUAUUUCUGCUGAGGAAGCCAAGUACAAAUUGUGCAAGGUCCGCAAGACACAGCUCGGUGCCAAGGGUGUGCCAUUUGUUGUCACACACGAUGGCCGCACCAUCCGUUAUCCUGAUCCUCUCAUCAAGGCAAACGAUACUGUUCAAGUUGAUAUUGCCACCGGCAAAAUCACCGACUACAUCAAGUUCGAUUCGGGUAACCUCUGCAUGAUCACUGGAGGUAGAAAUUUGGGUCGUGUCGGUACCGUUGUCAACCGUGAAAGACAUCCUGGUUCCUUCGACAUCGUUCACGUUAAGGACUCGCAAGGUCAUGUGUUUGCCACCAGAUUGACAAACGUUUUCAUCAUCGGCAAGGGUAACAAGCCUUACAUUUCAUUGCCUAAGGGCAAGGGUGUUAAAUUGAGCAUUGCUGAGGAACGUGACAAGCGUUUGGCUGCCAAAACCCAUUAAAUAGUUAUUUAAGUCUGAUUUCUAACUGCAGAAAAUUAAUAAUUCAAAAUAAACGGAAAUCACUAUAGAAUAACCUA